AUGCCAUCUUCCAUACUCAUUGUUGGCUCAGGCAUUGCAGGUCCAGUUUUGGCCAGCUUUCUCCUCUUGUCUCCGACUACAGCCAAGGACAAGCCUACAAUCACGAUCCUUGAACGCUCUUCACAACCACGUUCUCAAGGCCAAAAUGUUGAUGUACGAGGCACUGGGUUGACGAUUAUUCAGAAACUUGGACUGGAAGCUGCUGUACGCUCAUCGACUACUGGCGAAGAAGGCGUCGAGUUUGUAGACGACGAUGGUGCUGUCUGGUCGCGGUUUGCAGCAGACAAGUCCGGCAAAGUUCAGACAGGCACGAGUGACAUUGAGAUUCUACGGGGCAGAUUAGCGGACAUCUGUCUGAAGCGGAGUCAAUCCAUCUCCGAUGAAGUCAUAGCAAGUGGUGGUCCUGGCAUCGAAUUCCUAUAUGGAGACUAUCUUGACUCGAUAGACCAGGAUGGUGAGAAGGUGCACGUUCACCUCGCAAAGUCAGGCGCAAACCGAAGCUUCGAUCUUGUUGUCGGGGCGGACGGUCUUCAGAGCACAACCCGUCGUCUCGUAUGGGGCGACGGAGCGGAGCGCGGAUGCGUCAAGAAGCUGGGCUGGUAUGGUGGAUUCUUCAGCAUGCCUAGCGAUUCUACAGAUACGCUUUGGCGAAGGUGGUACCAUGCUCCUGAGCGUAAAAGUGUCAUGCUUCGCCCGAGCCACUCGAAGGACAAGACGACUAUCUUCAUGAUCAUGAAUGGCGAACACAACCCCAAGUUUGAUGAAGUGGCAUCCAGCAGGAGGAAAGGCGUGCAAGAGCAGAAAGCUGUCAUCACAGAGCACUUUCAAAAUGCAAAAUGGCAGACGCCCCGAAUACUUCGCGAGCUGAACGCCGCCGACGACUUCUACUAUGACAUGAUUGCUCAGAUUCACAUGCCGAAGUGGAGUAAAGGGCGGGUCGUACUCAUCGCUGAUGCUGCACAUUGCGCAAGUCCACUAUCUGGUAUGGGCACCACCUUGGCGCUCAAUGGCGCAUAUAACCUUGCAGGUGCUUUGCUUCAAUAUCCGAAUAACCUGGAGAGCGCCUUCAGCCAGUACGAGAACAAGAUGCGCCCUUUCGUGGAUCGAGCACAAAAGUUGCCAUUAGAUGGUAAGCUCUUCUACCUGAUCCAUCCUGAGACUUCCCAAGGCCUUUGGAUCAUGCGUGCAAUUCAGUACUUCAUUUACAUGUCUGGAAUCGUCAACCUCAUCUUUAGAUUGGUUGGACCUCCUGCAGCUGCGACCGAAGUCGAGGAGUAUGGCUUUAAGCAGGUGGAAGAGCUCAGGGAGACAAGCAAAUGAAGUAUGUUCUCUACCAUGAUACAACACGCUUGAAGGAAUCGAAAUGGCGACAAAGGAGCUUAGCAUUAUGGGGUGACUGGAUGAGAAUUGAACUUGUCCAUAUACGCUUCCCCUUGAUGUACCAUUCGGAAGAGCUCGAUACACAGGACCUCGGAUAAUCCUCAGUGUCACCUUCGCCG